UCCUGCAUGACACUUCUCUUCAUUUUCCAAAGAAUUUCCCGGAAUCCUAAUAAUGGCAUAAUAGAGAUUUUCAUUGUCCCAAAAUACUUUCCUACGUACACCGGGGAUCGGAGGAUCCUCGGCGUGGGUUUUUCACAGCCCAUCAAGCCGAAAAAUCCCCGUGGGGGUGUGCAACAGGUGGAGGAAAAUUUCGAGACGUCGGGAAAUCGCAGCACGUGGAAGACAGGCCGGAAAAACAUCAAAACUGCCUUCCGGCCCUAUCAUAUAGGACAGUCCUGUUCCCGUUUGACCGUUAUUUGCUGGCUGCUUUUCCGACGACGCGAAACGGAAAAGUGAAAAGCGCACUUUUCCGAAUUUUCCGGCGACAGGAGGUGCGUCGGUUGAUUUUUUGUUUGUGUUUUAAACGGAGUGUUUUGGGAUGGUUUCGAUGUGGAUACUUUUGUUACUGUUCUGGAGUAUAGUUUUCGUCAGUAGUAAACCUACAAGGCCUGUAGAUCGUCAGCGCUGGGUUGAAAACAAAGCCAGAGAAGAAAUGUUGAACUCCUACCUCCAAAAUAAACAAGAUAGCUAUGAAAUUUUUCUACCAGAGAGCAUGCAGAAAUCAUAUUCAAAUGCAGACCUCGAUGACAUAAUUUUUCAACAACCUUCCCAAAAGAGAGCCUUGACCAUGUUUGGACGGUGGGGACCAAUCAACGAAUUAGGUAAAGAAAGAUCUUCCAUCAGGAGUACUGACAGAAUUCAUUCUUCUAGUGGCCGGAAGAUGGGGCAACCUUUCAGAUGGGGUUAAUCCUGAAAACAGUUCGGUAUAGAACCAAAAAGAUAACACCAGUAACUGAUGUGUGCUGACUUUUUCUACCUAGAAUUCCCCUUACUGAGAAAAAAUCAAAAUUAAUAACGAAAAUUAAAAAAAAAAUAAAUGCAUUAAUAACGUUAAAAUCCAUAAUAAUUAAAAAUUCUUAUAUCGAAAAUGUUUUUAAGGAGAAUUAUUCGAAAUGUAUUGCAGAAUAGGUAAUUGAUACUUGUGUAAAUCCAGCGUUGAAGUUGACACUGAAUUUGUAAUAGGCUCACACACCUGAAAGAAUAGAGUGAAAAAAAUAAUUAAGAGAUUCUGUUACGACAAACCACUACAAGAAAAUAUUUUGACAUAUUUCCAGUGGUUUUUUGAAACUAAUAUGUAAUGGCUUGGACAAUUUUUCGAUGUGUUCGAUGCAUUUUUAGAAGAAGGCUCGAAAGUUGCUAGAAAAUUGCGAACUUCAGUUUGUUCAAAACGAAUAUACCGAAAAAAAUAGGAGAAUUGAGGAGAGCCCGGAAAACGUUUAUACAAUUUCCACCAAUUUCAGAGGAUAUAUUUGCAUAUUUGUGCAAAAUUUAAGCUCGAUAUCGUUAAAAUUACGAGGUGUGAAAAAUGUGAUUAUAAACGCUGAUUUAUGGCUUUUUAACAAGAGUUUGAAAACAAAUUUUUCCAUGGAUUUAUGAAAACAUAAUUGUUGAUAGGAAGUAUGAAUAUGAAAUGUGAAGUACUAAAUUGUUUGUUGUUCUCUGAAAAGUUUUCAAUGGUAGAGCUAUAAAAGCCAUACUGAAUAUUUUAAUCUGACAAAUACGUACUUUGAAGCGAUUACAUCUUUCAUAAGAAUCAUACAAUUGGCAUAGCAAAAAUUUUCAUCAUUAUUGAAGUUUCCUGACUCGAUUUUUCAUUCAUUAAUUUUUUUCAAGUGAUUCUUCUUUCAGCUCAUUGGUUGAAUUAUAAUGGAAACAUUCAACUGAAAAAUUUCAUCAGCAAUUAUUACAGAUAAAUACUAGAAAUUUCUGUAAUGAUCGAACCUAUAUUAAAUAAUAAAACUACCCUCAGCAGUGAUUUGAAUGAAUCCAUUUCAAUUCAGUUUAGGUAUAUUAUGAAUUUUAUACUGAACAAUUCAAAUAUUUCCUGAACUUGAAAAUAAUAAUAUUAAUUGUAAAAUUCAGAAUAAUUCUCCUAGUUGAAUAUUUUUUAUGAAAAACCAAGAAAAAUGUACCCAUUGAUCUCUGCACUUUUUGACCUAGAAAUUUGAAAUUAAAUAACAUAAAAUUAGAAUAAUAAAUAAAAUAUAAGGCCUAUUAUAUCAGAACAGAUGAAGCAGGCCUAAUUUUUCACAAAAGUUACACAUCAGUUGCAUGGUUUCAAUGAGGAAAAAAAAGACUGCAGAUUAGAGAAAUAGUUUGGUUUGUUUGUUUAUAUUAUGAGACAAAAAAAAAAGGUUGCGACGCGAAAAGGAACUUCUCAAUAUUUUCAAAGCGAUAAUUUCCUCUAGGGAUAUUGAUAUAGUUGAAAAUAUCAAUUAGAUUUAUAUAUUGAUACUUGAUUUUUUCGAAUAUUAUCAUAAAUAUUGUAAAUUAAUGCCAUAUACAAUUAUUGUAUUUAUAUUAGUUAGAUGGGUAUCUUCUUCAUGUAUGAUAAUAAAGAACGACGA